UCCAACGCUACGUGUGCUGCUGGCGGUAGCUGCUGUGCGCAAAUGGAAGGUGAAGCAGAUGGACAUCGUAACCGCUUUUCUGUACGGCAUUGUGGAAGAGGAGGUGUACAUGGUUCAACCACCUGGCUAUGAGGAUGGAACCGGUCGUGUCUGCAAACUUAACAAGGCCAUCUAUGGCUUGAAGCAGGCCCCGAGAUGCUGGUACAACAGGCUGGCCAGUGCACUGGAAGGGAUUGGAUUCCGUGCGAGUGCAUGCGACGAGAGCCUAUUCCUGAUGGGAGAGGGGGAGUCACUUGUGCUUCUGCUGGUGUACGUGGAUGACAUCCUGCUCUUCAGCAGCAGUGACAAGGAGAUCGAUGGGGUGCAGCGGAAGCUCACAGAGCAGUUCAAGUGCAAGUCACUUGGAGAGGCAAGGUACUACCUGGGAAUGCACAUUGAGCGGGAUACUGAACGUGGCUGGCUCAAACUGCAUCAGGGACAGUACAUCAACACCUUGGCUGAGAAGUACUCUCUGCAGGAAGAACGGGAAGUGGUCACACCUUUGCCUUCCGAGUUCAAACUCAUAAAGGCAGCUGAAGGAGAAGGAGUUGAGAGUGAAGACCAGAGGCAAUUUCAAUCCAUGGUCGGGAGCCUACUCUACGCUGCUGUGCAUACUCGGCCUGACAUCAGCUUUGCUGUGGGACAGCUGGCUCGAGUAGUGCAAAAUCCAACAGAAGAGCAGUGUGGUGCAGCGGAGAGAGUGGUGCGCUACCUCAAGUCAUACCCUACAGUGGGAGUACAGUAUUCAGCCUCUGCUCAACUCAGUCAAAAAGGAGUUGAAGUCCUCAAAGAGAAGGGGGAGCAGCUCGGAGAAGGAAAGGUGUUCCUUUCCUGUUUUGCUGAUGCCACGUGGGCUUCUGAGCAUGAGGAUUCAUCAUCAGUUGGUGGAUACAUCUGCAUGGUGGGAGGUGGGCCUGUAAGUUGGAGGUCCAAGAAGCAGUCUGAGACGGCACUAUCUUCAGUGGAAUCUGAGUACAUGGCGAUGUUUCAUGCGGCAAAAGAAAUCAUCUGGCUAAGGAGGCUCUUGAAGGAGAUCGGCCAUGAACAGACUUGUGCGACACCUCUGUUCAGUGAUAGCAAGGGAGCCAUUGCCAUGGCACGCAAUGCAGUUCUUCAUGGGUUGAACAAGCACAUGAGGAUCAAGUGGCAUUGGCUGCGGAAGGAGGUGAAGCUUGGGACACUGGAUCCGAUCUACGUGAAAACUCAGCAACAGCCAGCCGACUUCCUUACCAAGCGGCUAGCUGAAGAGCCACACUGGCGCUGUGCGAGGAUGGCGGGAAUGUCCUUGAACUAGAGACGGCGAAACAAGCCGACAGUCUGAGGGGGAGUGUGUUGGUGCAUAUUCAUUUGCAUGUCAUCCUGUCGUCUGUUCGCAUCAUUUCGUUUGCAUGUGUUUUGUGUGCUACGUUGUUUGUAUGGUUUGUUGGGUUUGCAUGUCUUUGCAUGUUCAUCUUGUGCUUGUGCAGAUGUGCUUGGAUUGUGCAUGACAUCGAGCACAUUCCAACGAGCCAAGAAUUGUUGGAAUCGGAGCACAUAUGAAGAAGUUACGAAGAAAUGUUUGAUGGAUUUGUUACAAUUCAUUGGAAGUCCUUGUCAGCUGCUACACCAAAGUUGGAGAGCCCUAUAACGAGGAGGGACCAGCAUGUGUGGGACUUUUGUCCCCACCUUGCAGCUGCAGCAUUUGGGGUUUGGAGGCCAACCUGGCACAGUGUGAAUUUUGUCUUGCCAGGCUGGCUGAACCUGAGGAUGGGGAGUCAAAACUUUGACUCUUGUCAUGUUCUUGACCAUGGGCCUCCAGGGUCCUUCCCUUUCAUCCUUCCCUUCCUACCCCACCUUCCAACUGUGCUUCAAUGCCUUUUCUAUCAUGCCUCUGACCUUGUAAGCUUCAAUCAUAGUGACUCUGAGGACUGUCAACUUCUCCUAGGGCAGAUUAUCCCCCAGUGCGCCAAACGCCAUAGCUCACUCGUUAAGCUACGGAAUCGAGUGAUUCAACUUUCAUUGGAAAGCUGACGCUGCCAGCUACAACAUAUCCGAUUUUCAGAUCGUUUCACCGAUUGGAGUUUUUGAUAUAGCUAUUCGAAGGUCGCGAGUUUUCUGGGCGUCAUAACGAAGUGCUGCAGAAAUUUCCAAGGAGCCAUUGAAUCAUCUGCUUAUAGCCUUCUCCAACCAACAAACACCACGUCACGGCUCUGUAGGAGGCGGCCUGAGGACGGGUGAAGGAAGAGGUAACCAGGGGCAGAGCGAGCGUGGCCAAGGUAGACACACUCAAUGGCCUUGGAGGCGAGCUUUCCUGCCUGCCGAGAGCGGUCAGGUGGGGGGAUGAGGACAUAUGCCUUGCAGCCCCAGAUACGGAGAAUGGCAGCAUCUGGCUUGGUGCUAGCCCAGAGCUCAGUGGGAGUGAUAGACUGGCGUUGAGGAUGUGGGUAAAGA